AUGAAUACAGGACAAUCUCUCAUAUCAUCGUUUCUACUUACGUUUAUCAUUCAUGGAUUGACAACAGCUGUUAAUACCAAUGAUUUCGCUCGAAUAUUAACACGAACACAUAAUCAAACACUAAAUUUAUCCGAUUCAGCUAUUCUAACAUGUCAUGUUACUAAUUUAGGCAAUCAUCAUGUAACAUGGCUCAAAUAUGAUCGAAAUACUUCCACAUUUUUACCGAUAACUGUUGGCGAACAAGUAUUCCUAGCGGACAAACGCUAUUCUGUUUCGUAUUAUUCUAUAUCACCCGACAAUUCCUAUUGGAAUUUAGAAAUCUAUAAUAUUCAAUUGCCCGACGAAGGCAUCUAUGAAUGUAAAAUAUCAAAUCGUCGUCAAAGUGUAGCGAUUAAAAUUCAUCUUCAUGUACAAAUACCAAUGACUAUCAAACCGUCACGUCUAUAUGUUGAACCGGGCUCAAAUGUUGAAUUAGACUGUAUGAUUUAUAAUGUCAAUACAUCAUCAAUAACAUGGCAUUUUUCUAGUUAUAAUUACACAUAUGAUUAUCAUCAUUACGAUUAUGAUAUUCAUGAAAAAUAUCAACAUGAAAAAAAUAUUUCCAAAUCACAAUUAAUUAUUCGUCAUGCACAGCCGUAUCAUUCUGGAUUAUGGACAUGUACAUAUAAACGACAAAAACGAAGCGCAAGAAUUGUUGUAGAAAAAGGUGCCAUGAAACGAUUGUUAUCGAACAAUGAUUCUUCAUCUAAUGUACAAUGCACAAUAAGUCUCAUCUUAUUUGCACUUCUCCUUGGCCAUCAUAUGACUCAUAGAAUAUAG